AUGCCCCCGCUCGUGGCCCGCUCGGAGCGUCGACUGGUCGAGUUACUUGUUCUCCUUUUUCAAUCGAUCUGGAAGCUUUGUCGCCACCGCCGAUUCUCGUCAGAACUUUUGGAACCGAUCACCGAAACAGCCUUAACACGAUUAUGCUGUCAUUGA